UCUGUGGAAGAGAAUAAGAGGCGUGAUGCUAAGAAUACUGAACUCAAAUCUAAAGUCGGGGAGCUUGAGGCUAGAUUUGCGAUAGUAGAACAGGGUUUCUUGGUGGCACUACAGAAUGAUAAAGAAACGAUUGCAGAGAUGUUACCAGAGGUAGUGGUAUCAGACGUUGAUUUAUCUAAUGCUGUAGAAAAGGAGAUGGAUACUUUCUUGGUUGAAGUAAAUAAGAAAAACAUUAGUGAUAAAAUUAAAGAGAGGAGGUGGAAAAAGAAGGUUCAGCAUAAGACAACUGCCAAAGACUCAUCCCCAGUUACCUCAGACUUGACUCACUGUGAGGAGGACCUCUCCAUUGAAUCUGUAAUCCUCCCAGAACAGGUAGUCAAAGAAUCGAUUCCAGAGGGAACACCACCAGUGAAAUCAUCUAUAGCAAACAAACAGACUGCUCCAGCUUCUGGCUCAUAUAAGGAUCUAUCCUCUUGCACUAAAGGCAAUGAUGAUAAGAUUAGUAAGACAUUUGAUAUUCAGAUUCCUGAACUCUCUUUAGAAACAAUUCUGAUGGGAUCUAGUGAAGUUACAGCACAGAAUAUAACUGAUCUAUUUAGAGUAGCAAUGAAGCUUAGACUCAGGGAUAUUAAGUCUAAGAAUGGUGUUGAUGACAAAUCAGCAAGAAUGUUAGUGUACAGCGAAAUCAAACCCCUUUUUCCUGACAUUACUGAUGAAAUUAUAAAUGAUUUUCCCAAAAAAGCUACUAAUACAGAUGAUGUAGGUUAUGAAGACUCUGUUCCAAUUUGGAACAGACACGUGACUUUGAAAACCAAUAAGACUGAUGCAUUGGAGGUGCAAGUGAUAGAAGUAAGUACAUUGGCAAGUGUAUCAUCUACAUCCCAAUCCCAUGACCAAUCCUAUUUUCGCAACAAGACAUUGGGUCAUUAUCCCAAUUUAUAUAGAGAAUUUAGUAGUGAAAAUUUUGAUUAUUAUGGCAUUACUAAUAAGACAUCAUGCCUAUUAUGCAAAUUAGAUCAUAAUGAAGAAAGUAUAGAAGGUAGAUAUAAAGCCGGAUCUUACUUUAUUAAAUGCGAACAGCGUGAAAUUGAGAUAUCUGAUAAAAUAUUAACCCCCGAAUAUCUAGAUUGGCAUGCCAAAUUAAGUGGGCUACCAAGCAUUUUGACGAAUAAGAUUCAGUCGAACUUAUAUAAAAAAUAUAAACAAGAAACUGGACAUAAGCCGUGGCAAUUAUCAAAAGCUGUGAUAGUGUUAGCAAAACCUCAAGCCCCUGAUUUCAAGCCUAUCACUUUUGAAGCCAGACCUGAUCCAGAAUUAAUUAUCAAAUCCGUCUUAGAGCACUUCCCAUACCUGAAAUUCUGA